CCGCGCCGAUGCUGCCGCCCACGGAGCAGGCCCUGAGCCAGCUGCUGGCCCGCAAGGAGGAGGAGUGGCGAGCGCUGCAGGCCCAGCGUGGCCGGCUGCAGGAGGCGGCGCUGCAGGAGGCACACAGCCGGCUGCACCAGGCGCAGGGGGAGCUGCGGAGCCUGCGGGAGGACUUUGUCCACAACCUGCGGGUGCUGGAGGAGCGGGACCGCGAGCUGGAGCGCUACGACGUGGCCUUCACCCGGGCCCAGGGGCUGGAGGAGGCGCAGCGGGCGGAGGUGAGCGAGCUCAGGGUGGAGGCGGCCCGGCUGCGGCAGGCGCUGGCCCGCGAGGCCCGGUGGCGGGAGGACCUGCUGCAGCAGCACCGGCUGACGCUGCAGGAGCACCGGCGGGAGCUGGAGCGUGCGCACAGGUGCACUUCGAAACGCUGGUGGGCGGUGUCGCCGGCGACCGUGGUCCUGUGGACGACGCUGUUUCCUGAGGGCGGCCCGGUGAAGGGAGAAGCAGCUGAGGGUGACAAGAACGGCGAGAUGCACCAGCAGCGGCAACAGUACGAAAGCCUGAACCGGCAGCUGGAGAGAAAGCUCGCGGAGCUCGAUGGCGAGCUAGCUCUGCAGAGGCAGGAGCUGCUGCUGGAAUUCAAGUCAGAAAUGCAGAAGCGGGAGCGCGGGUUCCGCCUACAGGCCGACAGCAUGAGCAGCGUGGUCUUGACUCAUGAGCUCAAGGUGAAAGUGUUGAAUGAGGAGCUGGUGGCUGUGAAGGAGGCAGCCGCCCAGGCCGCGGAGUUGCUGCGGCGUGCGGAGGCCGCCGGCGCGGGGCUGGAGGACGAGCUGCGGCGCAGGGACCGGGAGCUCAGGGACGUGGCCGCCGCCAAGGACGCCCGGAUAAAGGACUUAGAGGACAGACUGAACUGUGUGCAGCUCUCCAGGAAGAAAGAAGAGGAGGUGGCCAGGAGGAAGCACGAGGAGCUGGACCGUCUGGCCAGGGAGAGGGACGCGGCUCUGGUGGCUGUGAAGGGCGCCCACGCGGAGCAGCUGCAGGCCCUGGAGGCCCGGGCCCGGGAGGUGCAGGCCCGCUGUGAGGCCCUCGAGCUGCAGCUGCGCCGGGCCGAGUGGAGGCAGGGGGACACGCUGAGGGAGAAGGACGCCGCCCUGGACAGACUUCGGGAAGACGCGUUGGCUCUAAGAACCGGCCGGGAUGCCCAGAUCGCUGAGCUGUCCAAGGAGAUGAUCUCCAAGGACCUCCAGAUUCAGUCGCUGCAGGCAGAGGCAGUGGAACUCAAGGCACAUCUGGCCAGAUGUCAGCAGGACAUUGGAAGGUACAAGCAGCAGCUGUCCGCAGCCGAGGAGAGGGAGCGGGGCCUGGAGCGCGAGAAGGCGCAGCUGGAGCUGGACUGGCGGCAGCACUGUGACGCCGUGGAGAGGGACCACUACCGCAAGGCCGAGGACCUGAUUCGGGCCCUGAGCGAGGCGCGGGAUCAGGCGGCUGCCAAGCUCCAGGAGACGGAGCGGACACUGCGUGACCAGGAGGGGGUGCUCAAGGCCGUGAAGCUGGAGAGAGACCAGGCCGUGCAGGCUUUGAGGACACGCGGCCUCCUUCCCGAGAAGGAGGUGCAGGUGCUCCUCGGGCAUCGGGAAGAGGAAACAAGGGCAAGUUUUCCGUCCAGUGAGAUGCAGAGGCUCCAGGAGCAGAACACAAGCUUACGAAGGGCUGUUGCGGAGAUGAGGAAAGAAAUGGAGACUCUGAGUGACCACGUUCCUCCUCCUGCCCCGUCGGGGGUUCAGGCCUCCGACACAGAGCAGCCCCGUCCAAGCCCAGAGGCAGCAGCUGAGGCGCCUGAUCACGUUACGGUCCUUGAAACAGAAAUACGAAAUCUAAAGCAUAAAUUUAAAGCCUUGGAAGAACAACUCGAAGACGUGUUUGAUCCUUCAAAGACGUCCUCCUCUUGCACUGACUCUCAGCCCAACGUCCGCACCUUGGCCGAUGUCCCCGAGACGCUGCUUUCUCGGCACGAGGAUGAGAUUUCAUCCCCCAUGGCCCUCGGUGCUGGUGGGGACUGGCCCUUCCACUCAGCUCUAGAGCUAACCUCCCGGUGGACAUGAGGAGCUGUGCCAGCCGAAGGUGCCCCCGUUGGGCUAGCGCUCGGGAGGCUCCGAAACAGGGCACGUGUCGUGAACCGCCUGGUGGCCCGACUCAGGCAGAGGGUGCUGCAGCGACCCCUGGACGUGGACACCGUCCAGCACGAGCUUCCCCGUGAGGUGGACCAGGUGUGCCAGCAGGUCUCGGAGCUGCGGAAGCAGGUGUUUGAGCUUGAGGAGCACCUCGGGAACAGGCCGCUGUUGCCCACCUUGGACGAGGUGGCCCUCGGGAGGGAGAGCCCCACAGACCAAAGACCCAGAGCGACUGAGGACCAGGGGCCACAGCCCCCACAGACCUUGUCUGUGCCCCGACUCCAGAGGAAACUAAAGGAGGCCACCCGAAAAAUCCUCCGCCUCUGCCUGGAGAAAGAACAGCUCCUGGAGAUGGGGAACAGGCUCCGUGCAGAGCUCGGCCAUCGUGCCCCGGGGGAAGCGCCUCAUCACCCCCUGCCCGGCCCCGAGAUCCAGAACCAGAGUGUCACCUGCGAGGCCCCUUUGGGACAACUGCAGCCCCGUUUUGCAGCUCAGCUCUGUCCUUGGUACCCACUGAUCCUGCUGCCCCCGAGCUCUGCUGUUUCCAGAACGUCCUGGGGUUGGAAUCCUGCGCUUGUGGCCUUCUUUCUCCGGGGAAUGCGCACGUGA